AUGAGCGAAAUUGAUCAGGAUAAGCUUAAGGAGCUGGUUGAGUCUAUCAAAUCCCAGUUCAUUGAACCUUACAAGGAUGUGCAAUCUUUAAGAGAGAUUAAAUCUACUACGAGCUUUAAAGACUCGGAUCCAUUGACAGAGAUCCAAAAAUUGUCCCAGAUAAUAAAAGCUCAUUCAACAAAGAUUGGGAUAGUAUGUCAACCAGCCAAGUUUUUUGAAAACUACCCAGUUGUCUUCAAAGAACUGCAGAACUUUACAAAUUCAUUGUUUUACCUCUUGAGUAUCCUGCCGUUGAUUCACAAUGAUAAGAGCGAUACUUGGACUUCAUACUUAGCCAAGAAGCUUGACUCAUUGGUGCUGAAUUUACUCAAUGGUGUGUCCUCUUUGUGUCAAGAUAUUGAGAGGAUGAUCGAAGAGGGCAAGGGUGAUGACAAUGAUAGGCUCAUCACUAUUGGUAGUAUUUGGGCAGCAUGUGAUUCUUUGGAUGAGUUGGCAAAGAAGGGGAACUUUCAACUGUUAGCUGAUAGCAUUCGUAGCAGUUGUGAUUUGGUCGAUGAUAUGGUUCAGGAUGUGGAUUCGUGGUUAGAAGAUCCACAAUUUGGAGAUGAGCUACUGAUCGAUGAUGACUUGAGCGACGAGGAUGAUGAAGAGAAAGAAGAUGAUGAUGCACAGGCUCUGAAAGCUAUGGAAAAAUUCCUGAUACAAUGGAAGACUAAUUUAAAGAUGGUUAAACUAUUACUUUCGUCCUUUGCCAAAUCGCUAGCUACAAAUGUCUACAAUUCAAAAAGUACCAAGGCUAGUAUGCUGGAUAAACUACACACCUUGCAACUGCUGAUUGUGGAACAAUUGGAUGAGUUUCUUUCAGAUGUGUUUAUGUCGGAUGCUUCGUUUGAACCGGCCGAUUUUAAAGAUAACAUAACCGCCUUGAACGAUAGUUUAGGCCAGAUGGUAAAAAUCAUCAAGAAUCUCAACACUUCAGAUCCCAAGAAAUUGAAAUGGAUAACCGUUUGGGAAAAUAAAUACUUCCAAGAUGGAAAUAAUUAG